AGGUAAGCAGGUACCAAGGCAGAGUUGGACAAUAACUGAACUCUAACCUCUCAUUCAGGAGCAAAAGUCUUCAGAAUGCUUUACACUGAGUUAUUACAAUUGUGGAAUGAGUCCGUGCAGGCUGUUGAUGCCAAGGACUGGCAAGGAGCUCUGAACAAACUUGAGCGGAUUAGUGAGCCCACGUCUCGCACUCUGUUCAAUGCUGCCUCAGCUCACAUGGCUCUGGAACAGCUGGACCUGGCCCAGAAGGCUUUAGACCUCACCAUUGCCAAGGAUGAACGUCUUGCUGUUGGCUUCUUUCAGAGAGCAGCAGUAAGGAUGCAGAUUGAAAGAUUGGAGGAGGCUCUGUCAGACUGUAUCUGGGCACAAAAGCAUAUGAGAGGAAACAUGGUUAUUGACUACAGACAGCUGGGACUGCGAUUCAAACUCUACAGCUGGCAGGUUUUAUAUAAUGCAGCAGCUGUAUACUGUCGGAUGGGCCAGUGGGAGCAGGCCAGGGAGGUCCUGCUGUCAGCCUCUCAGGAGAGAGGAGGAAGUCGAGGUGGAAACAUAGAGGUGGCUUUGGAAAGUGUCCUGAGGAAGGAAGUCCUGGCUCCUCUCCUGGUGUCUGAGGAUUUGGUGUUUCGUCCCAGGAAACGGGAUGUGGAGCAGCUGCAGCAAAGAGACUUCUUGGGCAAAGCAAAGGUGAUUUCCUCCAUGAUUCCCAAUGAUGAUUUUGGAGGCUUUGAACCUCUGAGGCUGCAGAAACCUGGUUUCUACGAGCCCAAGGUGGAUGGAUCUCAGGAUUCUCGGUACAUGCGCAUACGCAUCCCUUAUAUGGCACGGGGCCCAGGACAGCUGACUGUGCCGGGAGGGGCCAUGGUGUUUUUAUUCGGCGAGGAGGACAGGGAUGGGAUGGCAACUGUUAUAUAUGAUGGACAGAGAGGACAUCUGCCAAUUUCCCUACUUGAACCGACAGAUAUCAGGACGUCCAAAGGCAAAAAGGAGAAUAGAUUUCCCAGUGGGAUCCCCUUCCCACCAGGACUCAAGCCUCCCACCCGUCCACAGUCCCGGCCCAGUCCUGCAGCUCCUCCUCGGGUACCCUUUGCCUCCGACACUCCACCUCCAUCCUACACUACUGUCACCCACGCACCAUUGCCAGCCUCAGAGCCUCCCAAAUACACCGCCAGCGCAGCCAGCGACAAGCGUGCCAGCUCAGCUCAGGUAGAAGAGGUGGGCUAUGUGGUGGUGAAGGUCCACUACAUGUACACUGUGGCUCUGUCGGUCCCUCUGGACACACCGUACCAUGAAGUGAAGGAACAAAUCGCACAGAAAUUGGGCCAGCCUGCGUCUCAGCUGCGCCUCAGACAUAAGCAGCAUGGCUCCCAGGCGCUGAUACCACUGGGUGGAGAGGUUGAGCCAGGCCGCACCAUACAAGAGGUGGCUGAGGCCGGCAGAGCCACCCUGUGGUGCCAGAGAGAAGAUCCCCUGGCCAACCGUACCAUCCUCUACCAGAUGGUGGCGCUCUAUGACUAUGCUGCACAGGGCCCUGAGGACUUGGAGUUCAGCGAAGGAGAUACCAUUGACAUCCUGGGUCAAGUUAAUGAGGAAUGGCUGGAGGGACACUGUGCAGGAAAUAUCGGCAUAUUCCCCAGCUGCUUUGCCUACAGAGAGAACACCCAGAGCUCGGAGUUAUAAAAGCGAACGAAUUACUAUGCAGUCAUCUCUAAUAAACCUGUUAAUGGUGGCUGUUUAUAGCCUCAGAUAAACCAAACCAUACCAUUAUAGAAGUAUACAGUCCACUCAGAAUUGACCUACUUAUGGUUUAAAAAUAUUUCGGUCCCAUAUGAUAUCACUGUAAUGUUGCUAUAGUGUCUCAGAGAAUGUUUAUUGUGCUGAAGAAUGUGUUUACAUUCUAUGUCCUAAGGUAUCCCUAUAAUAUUCCGAUGGUAUUCUAUAAUAAUAAUAAUUAUUGUUAUUAUUAUUAUUAUUUUCUAUUUAUAUGCUUCCUUUUGGGUCAGAUAAUCCGUAGGUACGAUAUUAACUCCACUGUUAUGCAGACGACACAGAACGUUAUGUUCCACUGACUGGAAGUGACAUAGACAAAAUUUCUCAUAUUAUGGCUUGUUGCUCUGAUAUCAAAUGGAUGCCACAAAAUUUCCUCCAGCUCAAUGAGUCCAAAUCUGAAAUUCUUUUAUUCUGCCCCCCUAACCUAACCUUUGAUUAGAAAAAUAAUCUUGGGAACCUGUCUUCCAAUGUCAAGCAAUUCCACCUGCAAUUUGGGUGGGAUCUUUGGUUGUGAGCUUUGUUUUGACAUACAAGUCACUAAGGGAGUACAAUCAUGCUUUUUUACAACUAAGGAACAUUGCAAAAGUAAUUUUUUUAUGCCAAGCAGACCUUGAAAAAGUCAUCCGUGCUGUCAUCUCUUCACAUCUGGAUUAUUGUCAUUCCCUGUAAUGCCAAAAGGAAAUCUCCCAUCUUCAGCUUGUUCAAAACACUGCUGCCAGACAUUUAACAUAUUCUAAGAGACAAGAACAUAUCAAUCCCAUGCCUGCUACACUACACCGGCUACCUUAGGUACAGAAUUGAUUUUAAACUAUUACUAAUUAUUUUAAAGCUCUACAUGGCCUGGCUCCCACCCACAUCAUAGAUUUACUCAUGCCUUAUGAGCCUAGCUGUUGCCUGUUCUCCUCAGGUAGAACCCUCCUAACUGUUCCCAGAGCCCGCCUUGUUACUGAAGGAAACCAGUGUUUUCUGUUAAAUCCCUGCAGCUGUGGAACUCUUUGCAUUGGCAGGUUAGCAAACUCAGUUAAUUCUUUUAAAUCAAUCCCCAAAGCUUACUUUAAAGUGAAGGCUUUUUAAAAUAGCAAAUCUGUUGUCUAUGUAGUUUCUAUCCCUCUUUUAUCACUUUGAUUUUAUGAUUCUAUUACUCACUCUGUUUUAUCAGGU